AUGAAACAGAAAAAAUAAUUGACAUUAGGAUCAACUAAUCAUUCUAGAUAAUCAUCAUAAGGUUCUGAGAGCUCUAAGAAUAAUUAUAAAAGAUGUUACCUAUAAAUUUCACCUAGAUUUGAUUCUAACAAUGGUUUGGCCUUCAAGAAUGAACUUAAAGAAGUUAAAAUAAUCUCUUCUCAACAUGAAUACUUAUCUCCAAAUUAAGAAAUAAUACCCCAUCAUAGAAAAUCAGUUUAAUCAUUGAAAGAGGAUCCUUUAAAAAAAAGUCAGUUUAGUAAGAUAAUUCACACAAUCGAUGAAUUUUAAUGA